UCGAUAAUUAACUAACUUCCAAUAAAUCCUAAUAAUAAUUAGUCACCCGAUUGUUUAAAUAUGCGCAAACAAUGGUUUAUGUUAUUGUGUUUAUUAUUUAUCCUUGAAAGCUACAGUGCGUGUGACAUUUUCUAGAGAUAAAAAGAAAUUUCCCCAAACCAAGUCGAUGUAUCACAACAUAAAUAGAAAAUCCCAGUGAUGUUAUUGUGAUACGUAAGGUUUCAGUUAGAUGUUCAAUAGUUAUUUUGUUGGAACCAAAUAGAAUAAGGAAAUGUGUUAAGUAAAUUUGGCUGUGGUUUAAUUAUUAUUAAUUAUCUUUUAAAUAUUAUUUUGUGAUAACCUUAAACAAAUAAAAAAAAAUGUUGGAAUCUGGUGAAGAAAAAGAAGAAAGCCCUCUUUUAUUUGAAGUUAUAUCUGCUUAUAUUUGCGAAAAGGAAGGUGUUGAUAAAAGAUUUGUAAUUUAUACUAUUCAAGUUCGACAUAUAUCUGGAAGAGAUGAUAGCAAACCAGCUACAAUAGAACGCCGUUACACAGAUUUUCUAAACUUAUACAAUGGAAUAAAAAAAGAUUACCCCGAAUUAAUGUCAACUGUUGUUUUCCCAAAAAAAGUAUUAACAGGAAACUUUGAUAACAAAUUAAUAACUACUAGAAGUAGUAGUUUCGAGCAAAUGCUUAGAUUUGUAGCUACAGAACCAAAGUUAAGAGAAACAAGAGCCUUAUUAAAUUUCCUUCAAGAAAAUGAGUAUUUAAAGUGUAAAGAAUUAAUCUUAAGCAACGAAUACUCCUAUGCAGCAUCAAUUUUAGAGAACCAAUUUCGAUUAUUGAAUAAUGUUUACACAGAUAGAUCACCUCCAGUUUUAUUCACAUUGUGUAGACUUUUAGGAUGUAGUGUUGCUAUCCCCGGUACACCUACAGCUGACAAAUGGGCUGAUUUAGCUUUGCAUCGAUUUGAAGGUGUUAGCGAUACAGAUUUAUUGGAACUUUAUCUACCUUUAUUACAUGUUUGUAUUAAAGUUUGGUGGGUAAAAGGACGUGAUAAAGAAGCCUUGGAGAGGAGAUUUUUAGAAUUAAGACGAAAAGGUAUGAAAUUAAAUGACACAUUAAGUUUACUUGAUGCUGUUGAUUCUGUUGAAAAGAAAUUGUAUAAAUCGGAAUAAGUUUUAGUAUUUUAGAGAUAUUUGACACACAUCACAUUAGUUUUAGUGAGUUGUUUUAUUGAAUUAAAUUAAUGUAAAUAUAUUUUUAUUGAAAAAAUAAA